UAAAUAAUCUAAAUAAACGUAUAGUGCAAGCGAUCGAUAUAUAGAAGAGAAAAUUCACAUUAAAUUUGGUGAAUAUUUUUUGAGGCAGUGUAAAUAUGACUCUCUUACAAGGCCUGGUGUAUGUUGUUCUACAUUUAGUCAACGCAAAGAUGAUAAAUUCUUUGGGAUACAAUUUUCCCGUUCACUCAACAAACAUAUGUCCAAUGAACGACAAGGCAUGGUCUAAUGCAUCUCUGAGAAUGCAUUGCAACGACACACAUGGGUACCAUUGUGUACCUGAUAAGAAUUUCUCGUCUCUUAUAGAGUUUUGUUAUCCACUAGGAAGACGUAUUCCUUUCCAAAAAGGGAAUUGUUUGGAACUCGCCUAUACUGGAAUUCUUAACCACGUCAAAUGUGGUCAUUUCAGUUACGGUUGUCCAGAUAAGGAUUAUUUCAGCAAUGAAAUUUAUCAAUAUCCCGCAUGUCUGAGGGUUGCUGAUAGUUGUUUUGCAGCAGAUCUUAGUUGCUUAAAAACACAAUACUUCAAGCCAUGUGAGAAAGCAAACUGUACAUGUCCAGUAAAGCAGUCAAUCAAAGGAGGAAACACCUUUACAGCUUUAGUUGUUACAAUUGCCUUAUUGUCUGUUUUUGUUUUGGUGAGGAUUUUGGUUCCUCUAUUCAUCAAGUGUCUGAAGAUUUAUAAAAAGAAACGACCUGUUCAGGAGCAAGAUACAGCUACGAUUGGCCUAAUAGAAAACAAUAUUGAAGAAAUUGAAAGUCCCAUCAAUGACGAUGUGUCUGAAAGACCAGAGGUAUUCCCAGAGUUUAUAACCGAAGAAAGCAAAAGCCAAGAAACAAACAUGUUUGUAUUCCCGGAAUCUAUUACCAAAGAAAGUGAAAGUCAAGAAAAAAGCAAGCCUGAUGAAAUUUUCAAAAUGAUUUUAACGGAAUUAAACGUAGAGGAUGCUGAACUGUUUCGACUUCUUAAAAGACAAUGCCUAAAUAGUGAGCAAUUGGGAUUCAAUUAUCUCAUUGACACAAGAGUGAAGGAAUUAAGCAGGAAACACAUUUUACACCAAAGAGACGAAAAUGGGCGUACAUUAUUGCAUUAUGCAGCUAUUGGCGGAUCUAUUUGCAUACUGGAGUACAUAAUAAGCAAUUAUGAUGAAAACGAUUUCAUGGUAAAAUGUUGUCAAGGCAGAACAAUCUUAGACUACGCUUUGCAAUAUAAUAAUGAUGAAAUGGCUUUUUAUAUAAUUGGAAAACGUAAUACAAAACCAGAUAAAGAGACCUUAGAUUGCAAAGAGCAAAAAGGAGUUUUUCAGGUUUCACGAGUUACAUAUAUGCCAACAUUUGAACCUAUUCAUUUGAUUGCAAUAAAAGGAAAUUUGAAACUUCUAAAUGCAGCAAUAAAAAGCGGUUAUAAAAAUGUGUCAUCAAAAACAAAAAGUGGGCUUGAUAUACUUUCUAUAGGAUGUCUUGCCCAUCAAAAUCAAUUUUGCAAACAUGUUAUAAAAAACGAAAAAGAACUGUUAACAGCUGAAAUAGGUAAAUGGAAUGUCUGUCAUUAUGCUGCAAUGUCGGGAAAUUUGAUAGUGUUAAAAUUGAUAGAAGAAGAGAAAAAAACAAUGCUGUCUACUUCUUCAAAAUUAGGAAGAAUCCCUAUGCAUGUUGCCUGUGAAUUCAAAAGAACUGACAUUGUCAAACAUUUAAUUGAAACCUGCCCAGGAGAUUUGCUUUCGAAAGAUAUUUUUGGUUGGAGUGCUCUACAGUUUGCAGUCAAAGGUGGAGAUUUAAAUCUCUUUAUGCUUCUGAUAGACCAAAACCUGGAUAUAACAACUAGAACAAACGAUGGAAAAACAUUGCUCCAUAUUGCAUCCAUUCACAAACAGUUUGAAAUAUGUGAAUUCUUAGCUAAAACAUUUUCUCAAAAACACACUCAACUUCUAAAUGAAACUACAAACACGAAGAAGAAGUGGACAGCAGCUCACUACAUAGGAGUAGAAGAGAAAGGGGAUGGUAGUGAAGAAAAGAUACUUGAUAUUAUGAAAAAAUAUGGAGUGAAACUCUCUGAGACCACGGGCGAUGGAUUCACAAUAUUUGAUAUAGCUAUUUAUCAUUCAAAUUCUGGAUUAGUACAACAUAUACUAAAAAAUGAGGAAUACAUAAAAGCAAUGGAUAUAAGUCAGAAAACUUUAAAGGAACAUCUUCAAAUGGUAAAAAAUAAAUCUAUAAAAUCCAUUUUAAAUGAGGCUUUGCAAAGGUUAGGCUAAAUAAGGUCAUUAAGUCGGCAAGUAAUACAGUUAAUUCAUAUUAAUAUCAUUCUUUCUUUAAGGACAUUGGCAAGGUUACUGGUUUUAGCAUAGAAAUAAAUUUUAAAGUACUUUUGAACAAGUUUAGUGGUACAUAACAUAUUUGCUUCUGGUUCGUUUUAUUCAACAAACUAACCUUCCUUUUUAGCUUUUGUCGAAUCAAUGUUUUUUUUUUCUUCUAAAUUUUCAAUACAUUUCCGAUUUAAAGAGGCCGAGCCUAAUUAUUUCUGCCUUGGGAUUUUGAUAAGUUUUUGACAAUUAAUUUUUACUGUUAUAAUUAUUGUUUUAAGAUUAAAAAAUCGAAUGUUAUCCCCCCGAUUUCUUAGAGGACCAUCUCAAAAGUUGUCAAAUUUUACUAUUGGAACCUUUGGGAAUUUGUUUGAAAAGCGCCAAUUUAUCACAUUUUCCGCAUAUUUUUUUGUAUUUCUGCCCUAGAGAUUUCUUUUUCGUUCAGUACAUGAAAGUUAUUGUAAAACAUCGUCAAAUUAUAAAAAUAUAAAAAAAAAUUCACCAUCUAUUUUGAUCUAGGACUUAACUAAUAAGUUUAUUUUUUCAAGCACAAUACCUCUAAAUUUGCCAUAUUACGAUAUAACUACAUAUCAUUGCAGAUGAAUUAUCGGCAUAUACGAUUUUAGUUUUAAAAAAAACAAUGUUUGAAUUGCUAGUAUGCUUCCUUAGAUGUUCUGUCAUCAGUUUUUAGUAUAAUAUCCAUAGACGUCUUGAACAUGCCUCGUUCUUCAGAGUCAUGCGUUGCUUACAAAAUUCAAAAAUGGUGACAUCGGUAAGACCAUUUCAGCGUUUUUCUUAAUUAUUGACGUAAAUUCGCAGUUUCAGACCAGUAGGCGUUAUUGAUAAUGUUAAUUUUUAAUUAAAAUAAAAAAAAAUUGGCAAAGUUGUACUGUCGCACAAAUAACUGCAUGAAAUUUAAAAAGCUGCGCAAAGUCAUGCACAUUCGAAUUAGACUCGGCCUCGUUAAAAUGUUAAUAAAAAGUACCUAUAUUAUUUUUAAGAAAUUUUGAAUAAAAUACUGUAAUAUGCAUGGGGGUUGGACUUUAGAAUUUUGCAUAUUAAUCACAGACUGAUGGUGGAGUGUUUUUUUUGUGAAGUAAAGUAGCAUACAGUUGUAAGUUUAUUAGAAAUGUUUUAUUGUUCAUGUUAUUUCAUUAUCUUAUUGUUUACUUGAAUUAUUGAUGCAAUACAAAUUGCACUUCGACAUUGAUAUGUAAACAAAUGCUAUUUUUGUAUUACUAGACGAUCUAGGGAGGUCUUGUUGAACAGACAGUAAGGGACAGUGAUACUGAGAUGUUAUAUGUCAGUUUUUCAUCAUUAUCUACCACAUUACGACUGUAAUUUACUUACUUAUUUCAGCAUUAUCACAUGUGUUGUAAAUUGGGCGCCUGCCAUCUUUCUUACGAAGAAAUUAGUCAUGUGACAUAAACAUUGUUGUUUUACAAUUGAUAAGAUCGAAAUAACACUGUCCGUGUCCUCAAAUAUUCAUAAUUGAUACUUAAAUGUUAUUUUAUUGCAGUAUUGUCAUUUAAUUAUGCUGUAUUUGACGAAAUGUUUUGGAACUGAAUGUGUAGCGUAAUACUUAUGUGUUUGCAUUAUUGUUCGGUAUUACUACGCCAUGGAUUGUGUGUGUCCGUUUUGUUACAGAUUGUUUGUUGAACUUGUUUUCUAAUGUAUAUCGAAUAGAAUUUAUAGCUC